AUGUCGCAAUCAAUCUAUUCUUCCUCAACCCCAGAAAACCACAUCGCACGAUUAUCCACAGAACGCACAGCACACGACAUCCCCUCAAACCCAUCCUACGGCAUCGACUCCCCUCUCGGGCUGAUCGCCUCCAAUAUCCUCUCCCCACUCUACAUCUACGCAACUCUCAAAGGCAAAUUCCAAGUGUGGGAUGACCUCCUCGCCAACCUCCCCAGAGAAACCUUCAGAUCACCAACCCUCGACCUCGGCUGCGGCCGAGGGAUGGUUCUAUUGAAGAUUGCCCAAAUCAAAAAACAACUCACCUCUUCAGAGUCACCCGUCCAACCUGCCUACGGCAUCGAUCUAUUCGUCAAAGGCGACCAGAGCGGAAACUCACCGCUGGCGACUUACAAGAAUGCCGCUGCACUGGGGGUCUGCGAGCAGACGGUGCUACAUACGGCGAGUUUUGCGGAGUUGCCGUUUUGCGAUGGAGUGUUUUCGCUGGUGACGGCAGGUUUGUCGAUUCAUAAUGCGGAUAAAGCUACGAGGAAGAAGGCAGUCGGGGAAGCGGCGAGGGUGUUGGUGUCCGGGGGAUACUUGGUUGUGGUGGAUAUGGCGGGGUAUGUUGGGGAGUAUGCGGAUACAGUCAAGGAGAUGGGCUGGACGGGUGUCUCGAGGGAGUUUGGGGGUCUGAGGAUGAUGUAUGGAGCGUGGCCUUGUCAGAUAUUGAGGGCUAGAAAGCUGUGA